AUGUAUCGGGGCGAUGGACAACUCUCAUCGCGCAACCGCCGAAGCCAGCGACUUAUUGAGGCCAGGACAUCUAAAAAAAGGCUUCAUUGUCCAAAUGAGUUCAUUCAUGCGACCAUAUUGACACUUCCCGUCGAAAUCCUCUUGCUGGUGAUAACUUACUUGCCAUCAUUAUGGCAGUUUUCUUUAGCUUUAACCUGCAAAUUUUUCUCAGAAUUAACUCAUCAAAGCACCAUGCCACGCCUUGAAGGGAGGGAUCUCAUUGAGUUUCUUUCAACGCUGCAAAGAGAUAUUCCCGACUUGCACUUCUGUUACUGUUGCAACAAGUUGUGUCCGCUUGAUUCGAAGCGCAAUUGGAAAAGUGAAGCCCUUUCAGAGACCGCUGGUGCUUUCUGGCAUUCAAACUGGUGGUCUAAUUCAUAUGACGACACACACAUCAGGCUUCCGGAUAUUUUUCGCCCCUUCAUGUUACGUUCUAAGAUUUCAUUCAUGGAAGCAAACUCAGUUAUGAGUAGGUAUUUCCACGGCCCCUCUCAUGGUAGAUCUCUUGAUAGUCUAGCACGAGACGAGUCGUUUGAGGAUGUUAUUGAACUAGGUAAAUGCAUCAGAUUUGGCAGGUUCCGCCAAAUCUCUAGAAGGUGUCGUCGUGCCAUCCAGGAAGACGUCGAUACUGAAAUUCAGCUUCCCAAACAAAAUCUGAAAAGUUUACCAAGGAAACAAAAUGCCUGGAGAUUUUCCUUUCGGUCUAGCCCCAAAAUCAUCGAUAACAUGCUCUAUAUUGCCAGAUUUUACACGAUAGUCGGACCAUGUGUAACUGAGGAGAAUCUUAAAAAAUUUCUCAAUAGUAUUUCGAUACCACUCUGCGGCCACCUCACUUUCUCGGCGAAUCCAUUAUGCUGCUAUCUUAUGAGCAGCUUGCCAAAACGCUACUUGCGCUCUUGUCCUUACAUAGUGCCUUAUUGUAAGGAUGAUAGAAAAGCGAUCGAAUUCGAUCCGGAGCAUGAUUCAUGCUUGCUAUGCAGUACAGAUUACGAUAUUUCACUCGACCGGGAAACCAAUAACGAAACAAACAUCAACAUUAGCAUUUAUCAUUGCCUUGGAGCAUGUCGGACUCCAGCCAACAAGCUUUGGGGCUACUUCGCAGGUUCCACCCCAUGUCCUACUUUCGAGGAUAGCCGUCAGGGCCGAGAACUCAAAUCUCGUGCUCAAGACUUAGGCCGCGGGUGUAACCGACGAAAAUGGCGCGAUACAAUGUGUUCAGAAUAG